ACUAGUACUAUUCUAGCCUUCUAAAUUCACCCCAUUUACUUGUGUAUGUAUUCUGCUGUAUCACGUUAUCAUGGCCGCCACAAAUCUUGAAGAUAAGUCAAUUUGGGAAGAUGGAGAGGACUCUGUAGGUGAGGAGGUCUUACGCAUGUCAACAGAUGAAAUCAUCGGGAGAACGAGACUACUAGACAAUGAAGUCAAGAUUAUGAAGAGUGAGAUCAUGCGCAUACAACAUGAGCUGCAGGCACAGAAAGAAAAGAUCAAAGAAAACGAGGAGAAGAUUAAAGUCAACAAAACUCUGCCAUAUUUAGUUUCCAAUGUCAUCGAGCUCCUUGACGUCCAACCAGAUGAAGAUGAAGAGACAGAAGGAGCAAAUGUUGAUCUGGACUCGCAGAGGAAAGGAAAAUGUGCUGUGAUCAAAACAUCAACAAGACAAACCUAUUUCCUGCCGGUGAUUGGUCUCGUAGAUGCAGAGAAGCUUAACCCUGGUGACCUCGUCGGGGUCAACAAAGAUUCUUAUCUCAUCCUAGAGACACUCCCCCAAGAGUUUGAUUCUCGCGUGAAAGCAAUGGAGGUCGAUGAGAGACCGACAGAACAGUACAGUGAUAUCGGAGGACUGGACAAACAGAUUCAAGAGUUAAUAGAGGCUGUAGUUCUACCCAUGACGCACAAAGAGAGGUUUGUAAACAUAGGUAUCCAGCCCCCCAAGGGAGUGUUACUCUACGGUCCACCAGGCACGGGCAAGACGCUGCUGGCCAGGGCGUGUGCUGCACAGACAAAGUCUACCUUCCUGAAGUUAGCUGGCCCACAGCUCGUUCAGAUGUUCAUCGGAGACGGAGCCAAGCUGGUAAGGGAUGCCUUCGCCCUCGCCAAGGAGAAGCUCCCGGCAAUCAUCUUCAUCGAUGAGUUGGAUGCCAUCGGUACCAAGAGGUUCGACAGUGAGAAGGCUGGAGAUAGGGAGGUUCAACGAACUAUGCUGGAACUAUUGAACCAGCUGGAUGGGUUCAGUUCAUCUGAAGAAAUCAAGGUCAUCGCAGCCACAAACCGAGUGGACAUCCUUGACCCCGCCCUGUUGAGGUCAGGAAGACUGGACAGAAAGAUUGAAUUCCCAGCACCCAACGAGGAGGCCAGGGCUCGUAUCAUGCAAAUCCAUUCCAGGAAGAUGAACGUUGGGGCUGACGUAAACUUUGAGGAGCUAGCUCGCUGUACAGAUGACUUCAAUGGAGCGCAGUGCAAAGCAGUGUGUGUAGAAGCGGGUAUGAUCGCUUUGCGUCGUGGAGCCACUGAACUGAUGCAUGAAGACUACAUGGAUGGUAUCCUCGAAGUGCAGUCCAAAAAGAAAACAGAUCUCAACUAUUAUGCCUAAAAAAAUACUCUCCAUGUGUGCAUGUCAUGUGAAUAGACAUCCAUGAAUACUCCUCUGUCUCUAAUCACAAGACACUAUUUAUUAUAAAGAUCGUUUUAGCGAAUUCCUUAAGAACAAGCAAAAGGGCAGAUUCCCAUUUUUGUAUACCGGUACAUAGAAUAGGCCUAUCAAAUCUUCCUUGCUGAUAAUAACGAUUGGAAAGUAACCCCAACCAAAGGCAACCAUACAUCCAUAAUAGUCAGCUUGGGCCAGAGAGGUGGCCUAAAUCACUAAAAUGUUAUGAGAAGGGUCAUCAAUACGACUGAUAUUUUUGGAAUUGCCGCAAACUUUUUCCCUGUAUAAGCCGUUCGAACCUUCCCACCAACCAAAUAUUCAGAUUAAAUCCCCUUAUCUCCUAGGGUAUAUAACAAUGCCACAACGGAUACUUUUGAUGACUUUUUACUAUAAUGCGUCAUACGAUUAUUGCUAGAUGGCGCUGUGAAUUGUGGAUCCACCAUGUUACCUUGUUACAUUAAAAUUUUUCCUAAAGUAAAUGGGGCUAAUAGAAAAUUCAAAACAUGGAACUGGAUUCGGCUUAAUUACAUUGUCACACUGAGACGUUUUGACAGAGUUUUAUGAGUUUCCACUGUGUUUCUCAUGUUUAUUGUAGUCACUGAAUUAUAUCUGCUUUUUUUUUUUGAGGGGGGGGGGUGGGGUUGAUGAUAAUGCAGUUGUAACCUUAUGUUAAUUUUCAAUUCAAGCAUAUUUCCAACCCAACAAAUAGCACACACUCACAACAAAUUCAUAAUUUUUUAGAAUAUCCGAGGUACAUACUGCUGUCUGAUAAAGUGUGACCUGCCUUUUUUGUUUGUCCCAAAUCAAUUUCUUGAACUACGGGCCGAUAUAGAUGCGUGGGAAUUUUUUGUUAAAAAGAAAUGAUUGUAGAAUGUGGUUAUAACAAUGAUUUUGUUUCUCGUACAAAAAAUAAGAACGUGUAUGUAUGUUUAUCUUGGUGUAACCAGGAUAAUAAAUUGAUAUUGUUAAAUACCUGUA